GUUCCCCCAAGAUGGAGGUCUGCAGAUGGCACGGCUAACGCUCACCAGUCCCCGCAGCCUUCCGUGCGGCUUCCAUGACGCUAUUUUUUCCAGGACGGGAGAGACCGUGUGCCAUCUUUUUUUGUCGUUUUUUUUUUUUUUUUUUUUUUUUUUGUGGAGCUGUUAUCCAGAGGAGGUUAGCAGUUAGCUCCCGGAUCUGGUCGAAGCAACCAUGAGCUCCGGGGAAGGAGCGGAGGAAACCACGAUGGACGCCGGGGACAUAGAGGUGUUCUUAAAGAGCGACGAAUCCCACCCUGAAGAGCCAAAAGGAGAUGUGUCGAGCCAGAAAGCAGGAUUUAGGAGAAAUGAAGAGAUGAGAGCGAUGGAAGUGCUCCCCAUCCUUAAAGAGAAAGUUGCUUUUCUGUCUGGUGGAAGAGACAGACGUGGUGGUCCAGUAUUAACGUUUCCAUCACGUAGUAACCACGACAGAAUACGAGCAGAUGACCUGAGGAGACUGAUCGCAUACCUCGCCUGCAUCCCCAGUGAGGAGGUGUGUAAACAUGGCUUCACAGUCAUUGUUGAUAUGCGCGGCUCCAAGUGGGACAGCAUCAAGCCCCUGCUGAAGAUCCUGCAGGAGUCGUUUCCGUCCUGCAUCCACGUUGCUCUCAUCAUCAAACCGGACAACUUCUGGCAGAAACAGAGAACCAACUUCGGCAGCUCUAAGUUUGAAUUCGAGACAGUCAUGGUGUCACUUGAGGGCUUGACGAAAGUUGUGGACCCCUCCCAGCUGACGGCCGACUUUGACGGCAGCCUGGACUACAACCAUGAGGAAUGGAUAGAGGUCCGAGUUGCUUUCGAGGAGUUUUCGGGUCAUGCCACCCAGAUGUUGACUCGACUGGAAGAGAUGCAGGAAACCGUGUCAAGAAAAGAUUUCCCCCAAGACCUGGAGGGAGCCAGGAGGAUGAUAGAGGAGCACGCUGCACUGAAGAAGAAGAUCAUAAAAGCUCCAAUAGAGGAGCUCGAUACUGAGGGGCAGAGAUUGCUCCAGAGGAUUCAGAGCAGCGAGGCGUACUCCAACCGUAACGGCAGCACCGGUGGUAGCAGCAGCAGUAGCGGCGGUGGAGGCGUCUGCAACGCCGACACCCAGGGCCUGCUCCCUCGGAUCAGCCAGCUGCUCGAUAAGCUGCACUCCACCCGGCAACACCUGCACCAGGCCUGGCAUGUCCGGAAACUCCAGCUGGAUCAGUGCUUCCAGCUCCGACUGUUCGAACAGGACGCAGAGAAGAUGUUUGACUGGAUCAUGCACAACAAAGGUUUGUUCCUGGCAGGCUACACAGAGAUUGGCAACAACCACCCCCACGCUGUGGAGCUGCAAACCCAGCACAAUCACUUUGCAAUGAACUGCAUGAACGUUUACGUUAACAUCAACCGGAUCGUGUCGGUGGGCAGCCGGCUGCUGGAGUCCGGCCAUUACGCCUCCCAGCAGAUCAAGCAGAUCUCAGGACAGCUGGAACAGGAGUGGAAGGCGUUUGCCGCCGCGCUGGAUGAACGCAGCACGCUGUUAGAAAUGUCCGCCAGCUUCCAUAAGAAAUGUGACCAGUACAUGAGUAAUGUGGAGUCAUGGUGUAAGGCGUGCGGCGAGGUGGACUUGCCGUCCGAGCUGCAGGACCUGGAAGAUGCGAUACACCAUCACCAAGGCCUGUAUGAGCACAUCACAGCGGCCUACUCUGAGGUGAGCCAGGAUGGCAAAGCACUGUUAGACAAGCUGCAGCGCCCCCUGACUCCAGGCAGCGCCGAUUCGCUGACAGCUUCGGCAAAUUACUCCAAGGCAGUGCAUCACGUACUGGACAUCAUUCAUGAGGUGCUGCAUCACCAAAGACAGCUGGAGAACAUCUGGCAGCACCGUAAAGUGCGGCUGCAUCAGCGAUUGCAGCUCUGCGUGUUUCAGCAGGAUGUCCAGCAGGUUUUGGACUGGAUAGAAAACCAUGGUGAGGCCUUCCUCAGCAAGCACACAGGUGUGGGGAAGUCUCUCCACCGAGCCCGAGCUCUGCAGAAACGCCAUGAGGACUUUGAGGAAGUGGCGCAGAACACAUACACCAAUGCAGAUAAGCUGCUGGAGGCGGCUGAGCAGCUGGCCCAGACGGGAGAAUGCGACCCAGAGGAGAUCUACCAGGCAGCGCAUCAGCUCGAGGACAGAAUCCAGGACUUUGUUCGCCGCGUGGAGCAGCGCAAAGUCCUGCUGGACAUGUCUGUCGCCUUCCAAACGCACGUCAAAGAGCUGUGGACGUGGCUGGAGGAGCUGCAGAAGGAACUGCUGGACGACGUUUACGCCGAGUCCGUGGAGGCCGUCCAGGAUCUGAUCAAGCGCUUCGGCCAACAGCAGCAGACCACGCUGCAGGUCACCGUCAACGUCAUCAAGGAGGGAGAGGACCUCAUUCAGCAGCUCAGGGACUCUGCCAUCUCCAGCAACAAAACACCGCACAACAGCUCCAUCAACCACAUUGAGAGCGUCCUUCAGCAGCUGGAUGAGGCCCAGGCUCAGAUGGAGGAGCUCUUCCAGGAGAGGAAGAUCAAGCUGGAGCUCUUCCUCCAACUCCGCAUCUUUGAGAGAGAUGCCAUCGAUAUUAUCUCAGAUUUGGAGUCCUGGAACGAGGAGCUGACGGGUCAGAAGAGUGAAUUUGACACCGAAGACUUGACGUUAGCAGAGCAGCGGCUCCAGCACCACGCAGACAAGGCCCUGACCAUGAACAACCUGACCUUUGAUGUCAUCCAUCAGGGGCAGGAGCUGCUGCAGUAUGUCAACGAAGUCCAGGCAUCCGGUGUGGAGUUAUUGUGUGAUCGGGAUGUGGACAUGGCAACACGGGUUCAGGACUUGUUAGAGUUCCUGCAUGAGAAGCAGCAGGAACUGGACCUUGCUGCUGAGCAGCACCGCAGACACCUGGAGCAGUGCGUCCAGCUGAGACACCUGCAGGCAGAAGUCAAGCAGGUUCUGGGCUGGAUCCGGAAUGGUGAAUCGAUGCUUAAUGCUGGUCUGAUCACAGCUAGCUCUCUGCAGGAGGCAGAGCUACUACAGAGGGAGCACGAACAGUUCCAGCAUGCCAUUGAGAAGACCCACCAGAGCGCUCUGCAGGUUCAGCAGAAGGCAGAGACUCUCCUCCAGGCCAACCACUAUGACAUGGACCUGAUUCGAGACUGUGCAGAGAAAGUGGCUUCUCACUGGCAGCAGCUGAUGCUGAAGAUGGAGGAUCGACUCAAACUGGUCAAUGCCUCUGUGGCUUUCUACAAGACCUCUGAACAGGUGUGCAGCGUGUUGGAAAGUCUGGAGCAAGAGUAUAAGAGGGAGGAGGACUGGUGUGGAGGAGCAGACAAGCUGGGUCCCAACUGUGAAUCAGACCAUGUGACCCCGAUGAUCGGCAAACAUCUGGAACAAAAGGAGGCCUUCCUCAAGGCUUGCACUCUGGCCAGGAGAAAUGCAGACGUCUUUCUGAAGUACAUGCACAGAAACAGCGUCAACAUGCCGGGGAUGCUGAGCCACGUCAAGGCGCCAGAACAGCAGGUUAAAAACAUCCUCAAUGAGCUUUUGCAGAGAGAGAACAGAGUCCUUCAUUUUUGGACCAUGAGGAAACGGCGACUGGACCAGUGUCAGCAGUACGUGGUGUUUGAACGCAGCGCCAAACAGGCUUUGGAGUGGAUUCAUGACACCGGGGAGUUUUAUCUGUCUACACACACAUCCACUGGCUCCAGCAUCCAUCACACGCAGGAGCUCCUGAAGGAGCAUGAGGACUUCCACAUUACAGCAAAGCAAACCAAGGAACGUGUGAAGCUGCUAAUCCAGCUGGCUGAUGGCUUCUGUGAGAAAGGCCACAGCCAUGCCGCCGAAAUUAAAAAGUGGGUAACAGCUGUGGACAAGCGUUACAGGGACUUCUCCCUGCGCAUGGACAAGUACCGCAGCAGUCUGGAGAAAGCCCUGGGCAUCCCUUCAGACUCCAACAAGGCAAGCAAGGACCUUCAGCUGGACAUCAUCCCAGCCACCCCUCCGGGGUCAGAGAUCAAGCUAAGGGACGCCGCCGCACACGAACUCAAUGAGGAAAAACGCAAGUCGGCUCGCAGGAAGGAGUUCAUCAUGGCCGAGCUGAUUCAGACAGAGAAGGCAUACGUGCGAGACCUGAGGGAAUGCAUGGAUACUUACCUGUGGGAGAUGACCAGUGGGGUUGAGGAGAUUCCUCCAGGAAUCAUCAACAAAGAGCACAUUAUUUUUGGAAACAUGCAGGACCUCUAUGAAUUCCACCACAACAUUUUCCUCAAGGAGUUGGAGAAAUAUGAACAGCUUCCAGAAGAUGUCGGCCAUUGCUUCGUCACAUGGGCCGAUAAGUUCCAGAUGUAUGUGAACUACUGUAAGAACAAACCAGAUUCUACGCAGCUCAUCUUGGAGCACGCUGGGAACUACUUUGACGAAAUCCAACAGCGGCACCGACUGGCCAACUCCAUCUCCUCCUAUCUAAUCAAACCAGUGCAGAGAAUCACCAAGUACCAGCUUCUACUGAAGGAGCUCCUGACGUGUUGCGAAGAAGGUAAAGGAGAAAUUAAGGACGGCCUGGAGGUGAUGCUGAGUGUUCCCAAGAGAGCAAACGAUGCCAUGCACCUUUCUAUGCUGGAGGGAUUCGAUGGGAACAUCGAGACUCAGGGCGAGCUCAUCCUCCAGGACUCGUUCCAGGUGUGGGAUCCCAAGACUUUGAUCCGUAAAGGCCGAGAGCGCCACCUCUUCCUCUUUGAGAUGUCUCUGGUCUUUAGCAAGGAGGUGAAGGAUUCAAAUGGGAGGAGCAAAUAUAUCUACAAGAGCAAACUAUUUACGUCAGAGCUUGGGGUGACGGAGCACGUGGAAGGAGAUCCAUGUAAGUUUGCUUUAUGGGUUGGAAGCACCCCGACUUCCGACAACAAAAUUGUCCUCAAGCUAAGUCAGGGAGCCAAACAUGGAGCAACGGCAUCAAACAUUGAGAACAAACAGGACUGGAUCAAACACAUCAGGGAAGUAAUCCAGGAACACACCAUCUAUCUGAGGGCAGCGCUUAAGGAGCCUAUUCACAUCCCCAAAGCCACCACAGCUAAGCAUCCCAAAGGACGAAGGGAUGGUGAGGACUUGGACAGUCAGGGCGAAGGCAGCAGCCAACCAGACACCAUCUCUCUGGCAUCUCGCACCUCUCAGAACACACUGGACAGUGAUAAGCUCUCCGGUGGCUGUGAGCUCACUGUUGUGAUACACGAAUUCAUGGCCAGCAACAGCAACGAGCUGACGUUGAGACGGGGUCAAACCGUUGAGGUUCUGGAGCGCUGUCACGACAAACCCGACUGGUGCCUGGUGAGGACAACAGAUCGCUCUCCUGCCCAGGAGGGCCUGGUCCCCUGUGCUAUGCUCUGCAUCGCCCAUUCUAGGUCCUCAAUGGAGAUGGAGGGCAUCUUCAUCCACAAAGACACCUUGUCAGUGUGCAGCAAUGACUCCAUCAUGCCAGGAUCCUCUGCCACACUCCAGCCGGGUCAUGGCAUCGGCUCCCACAGCUCACCUGGACCCAAACGACCAGGGAACACACUACGCAAGUGGCUAACCAGCCCCGUGCGCCGCCUCAGCAGCGGCAAGGCGGACGGCCAUGUGAAGAAAAUCCCCCACAAGGCCAAGAAGAACCGCGAGGUGAGGAAGAGUGCAGAGAUAACGAUGGGCUCACAGAAGGACUCUGAUGACAGCGCUGCUACGCCUCAGGAUGAAACUCUGGAGGAGAGGGUUCGUAACGAGGGCCUGUCCAGUGGCACGUUGUCCAAGUCCAGUUCUUCAGGCAUGCAGAGCUGCGGAGAGGAGGAAGGAGAGGAGGGUGCCGACUCCGUUCCUCUUCCUCCACCUAUGGCCAUUCAGCAACACAGCCUGCUGCAGCCGGACUCGCAGGACGACAAGACGUCAUCCCGUCUGUCUGUCCGUCCAUCCAGUUCGGAGACGCCCAGUGCUGCAGAGCUGGUUAGCGCCAUCGAGGAGUUGGUCAAAAGCAAGAUGGCUCUGGAGGACAGACCCAGCUCUCUGUCUGUAGAACAGGGGGACAGCAGCUCCCCCUCCUUCAACCCCUCUGAUAACUCCCUGCUGUCGUCCUCCUCCCCCGGGGAAGAGAUGGAUGAACGCAGAGCCAGUAUCCUGAAGAAAAGACAUUAUGUUCUGCUGGAGCUGGUAGAGACGGAGCGAGAGUACGUCAGAGAUCUCAGCCUCGUUGUUGAAGGCUACAUGAGCAGGAUGAAGGAGGAGGGUGUUCCUGACGACAUGAGGGGGAAGGAUAAAGUCGUGUUUGGAAACAUCCAUCAGAUCUACGACUGGCACAAAGAUUUCUUCCUCAGGGAGUUGGAGAAAUGUUUGGAGGACCCCGACAGACUGGGACCACUGUUUCUCAAACAGGAACGCAGGUUAAACAUGUACGUCAUGUACUGUCAAAACAAGCCCAAAUCAGAGCACAUCGUGUCCGAUUACAUCGACACCUAUUUUGAGGACUUGAAGCAGAGGCUGGGACACAGGCUGCCGAUCACAGACCUGCUUAUCAAACCCGUCCAAAGGAUCAUGAAAUACCAGCUGCUGCUUAAGGAUUUCCUCAAACACUCUAAAAAGGCUGGACUAGAGUGUCCAGAUUUAGAGAAAGCAGUGGAGUUGAUGUGCAUCGUGCCAAAAAGGUGUAACGACAUGAUGAAUGUGGGGCGGCUGCAAGGAUUUGAUGGGAAGAUUGUAGCUCAGGGUCGCCUCCUGCUGCAGGAUACGUUCAUGGUGUCCGACCCAGACGGCAGAAUGAAGGAGAGGAGGGUGUUCCUGUUUGAGCAGCUGGUGAUCUUCAGUGAGCCCCUGGACAAGAAGAAAGGCUUCUCCCUGCCAGGCUUCAUCUACAAGAACAGCAUUAAGGUUAGCUGUUUGGGUCUGGAAGAGAGCGUGGAAGGAGAUCCCUGUAAGUGUAUCCUCACUUCUCGCUCAACCAGUGGGACUUUGGAGUCCUUCGUACUUCACUCCUCCCAUCCGGGUGUGUGUGAGGUUUGGACGCUUCAGAUCAGCCAGAUACUGGAGAGCCAGAGGAACUUCCUCAACGCAGAGUACCAGAGGAACCACGUGGGCAGCAGCGUGGGAGCUCAAGGAGGAGGCAUCAGUGGCGCGUCUCCUGCAGUUGGAGGCGGAGUCUCCCAGAGCAGCACCGUCCCAUCUGGAACUCAGGGCGUCUCUCGACGGCCCUCCAAGAUUCCUCAGCCUUCCCGUCUGCCUCAGCCUCUACGGCACCAUGCUGGGGCCGAUGGAGAGGGCCCCAACAAGAUGUUAGGUCUGUCUCCUCGUCCUGCUCCCCUGCUUCCUCCAGGGGGCAGUACGCAGGGCAAGCGUCCUUCCCAGACCGUAGAGGAGCAGACACAGACCCACACACCCGCCAACACUGUAGCCCCUGUUCCUCGAGCCACAGUGGGGCCUCUGCCUUCCAAACCGCGGCCAGGAGCCAUGUCUCCAGCCGCCCCCGCUUUCGGAAAGGAAGCCGUUCCUCCUCCCCCUCCCAGCCCUGGUCAAAAGGCUGGAUCUGGGUUUUGGAGCUCAAUGCCAGCCUCUCCAGCCAGCAGGCCUGGCUCGUUCACCUUCCCAGGGGAGGCAGGGGAGACCCCGGCCCGUCAGACCACGACCGGCUCUGGGAUUCAAGCCCACAGACACUCCACGCACAGCAAAGAGGCUGAUCGAAUGAGUACAUGCUCAUCUGCGAGUGAGCAGUCCAUCCAGUCCACCCAGAGUAACGGGAGUGAAAGUAGCAGCAGCAGUAGCGUAUCCACCAUGUUGGUGACCCAGGACUACAUGGCCGUGAAGGAGGAUGAGAUCAGCGUCAGCCAGGGCGAAGUGGUCCAGAUCUUGGCCAGUAACCAGCAGAACAUGUUCCUGGUGUUCAGGGCGGCCACUGAACAGGGCCCCGCCGCCGAGGGCUGGAUCCCCGGGUUUGUGCUGGGACACACCUCAGCCGUCGCCUCCGACUCCUCCGACGGGCCCAUCAAUUGCAGCAGGAAGGCUUCGUCUUGGCACACAUCUCUGCGCAUACGCAAGAAGUCUGAGAGGAAGGAAAAGGAGGCGAAGAAGGAGACCAAGCUGGAGAACGGUUACAGGAAGUCCAGAGAUGGAAUGACCAACAAAGUUUCUGUAAAGCUUCUAAACCCAAACUACAUCUACGAUGCUCCCCCAGAUUUCCUGGUACCCCUGGGGAACGUGACCUGCGACAAUGGUGAGAGCGUCACCUUACGAUGUAAGGUUUGUGGUCGACCCCGCACCACCGUCACCUGGAGAGGACCUAACGACAACAACCUCACCAACAACGGGCACUUCAGUAUCGCCUACAGUGAUUCGGGGGAAGCAACACUGCGGAUAAUCGGUGCAGCCUCCGAGGACGAUGGUGUUUACACUUGCAUCGCGACUAACGAACUGGGCAGCGUGACGUCCUCAGCUAGCCUCAGAGUGUUAGCCGUGUCCACCGAUGGACUCAGAGUGAGCUGGAAGGACAACUUUGAGUCUCAGUACACCGAGGUGGCCGAACUCGGAAGGGGUCGUUUCUCUGUUGUCAAACGCUGCGAUCACCGGGGUACUAAACGUACGGUAGCCGUCAAACACGUGAACAAGAAGUUGAUGAAGAGAGAUCAGGUGACUCAGGAACUCAAUCUGCUUCAAAGACUGCAGCACCCUCACAUAGUGAGCCUUGUCGACACGUUUGAAAACUCCAGCAGCUACGCUAUAGUCCUGGAGAUGGCCGACCAGGGCCGUCUGCUGGACUAUAUAGUGAGCUGGGGGAACCUGACGGAGGAGAAAGUAGCCUCCUACCUGCGCAGCGUUUUAGAAGCUUUACACUACUUGCACAACUGCAGAAUAGUUCAUCUGGACGUAAAACCUGAGAACCUUCUGGUGGCUCAUAACGCCAGCGGCCAGCCUGUGGUCAAACUCACAGACUUUGGAGAUGCUGUCCAGCUCAACAGCGCCCUCUAUGUUCACCCUCUCCUCGGGAGCCCUGAGUUCGCUUCCCCGGAGCUGGUUCUAGGAGAGCCCGUGUCGCUGACCUCUGACCUGUGGAGCCUGGGAGUGGUGACCUACGUGCUGCUGAGCGGCGCCUCUCCCUUCCUGGACGAGAGCGCAGAGGAGACGUGCCUCAACAUCUGCAGGUUGGACUUCAGCUUCCCCAGGGAUUACUUCCACGGCGUGAGCCAGGCCGCCAGAGACUUCGUCUGCCUGCUAUUGAGGACCGACCCCAGCAGGAGGCCGCCGGCCGGGCUCUGCCUCCAGGAACCGUGGGUGCAGGCCCCUCAGGGUGACGGGCGAGGCCGAGGAGAGAGCUGCCUGGACACGGCGCGCCUCAUCUCCUUCAUCGACAGGAGGAAACACCAGACGGACGCGCGGCCCAUCGGAGGAGUCAGGAGCUUCAUCCAGAGUCGUCUUCAGUCUCAGACCUGAUCCUUUGGUUUCCUCUGAUCGCUGGAGACGAAGCAGGAGAACGCCUCAGUCCGUACGCUGAUCUUAUCCUCCUUCACAUCACUCAGAAACGCCGUAGUCCUGCCGGCAGUUCAGCUGGAAACUAUGGAGCUUCAGAGGCCCCGAGAACAUCACCAAACAAAGGACAGGAUGCCCUCGUCUACUGCUGCUUGCUAACGUUUUCUACUUUAAAACGAACAAAACAAACAUUAAUAUAGUAACUUAUUUUCCUUCAUAGGAGUUAAAGCUGAUUAGAGGAGCUGUUUGAACGAGCCUCGAUAGUUGGCAUCGACGUUUUGUUUAUUCUUUUACACUCACUUUA